AUGCGGCGUUCAGUCAAUUCCCCACCUCGAAAGAUUUUUGCGAGAUUUAUCUCCGCUAUGUGUGAAUCCAUAAUUGGUCAGACUGCUCAGAACGCUAGACUGUCAUACUCCUCUCCGCACAAGGCUGUACUGCCGCACCUGGGACUAUAUAAAGUCUCAGUUUCCGCUUUCCUGACCAGUACAGCCCAGCGAAAUGAGUGCACGCGAAACAUUCACCCUGCAUCUCCAAGUCCUACACAAGAAACAGAUCCACAUAUUGGCCGUAAAAGGUCAAUACAGAAAGAGAUUGGUAAACAGGUUGCGCUCGCUAUCAACUCGAAUUGUCUCGAACUACCCCCAAAGCAUAAAGUCUUCUUCUUAAAUGCGUGUUCUAAGCAUUUUCCCCGAGAAGGAGUCUCUUCCCACAUGAGCCGUCUGAUCCCAAGAUUUCGAAAUGUAGCGACUCUUAUCUCAAAACAGUUUCCCAAGUUGAACAAGACCCAUGGUACAAAAAAUAUGGAGAAGGUUUCAGAUGUUAAUCCAAGAGAUUGCUGUACAGAUUCGGGGCAGAGACCAAAAAGUGCAUCAGCCUCUGUGGGAUUAUCGGCAAUUGUAGAGGAGAUUAUUGUUCUGAUUAAAGUCGCAGAGCGGCAGAACGAGGAGCUGGAAGAGAGACAUCAUGAGCAGGCAGCGGUGGCGCUUAGCAUGCUCAACAUACUCCACGUACACUUAGAGUUCAGCCAGACAGUAUUGGACUACUCCUGUUAUGAAGAGCGCACGCGAUGCGUUGAACGGAGCGACGCAAGACCCUACGCCAUAUUGGUAUCGUCAGCGGUCGAAAACAUCACAAGGCUGCUUGUCGCGGGACAGCACUUGCUACCAUCAAUGACAAUUGUUCUGCGUGACAGUCUUCCACAAGUCAAGAGAUCCAGUCUGAACAAACAUUUCAAAGGUGAGCAGGUUGAUAGACUGGAGGAAGUCUUUUUAGCGAAAUAUGCUGACGGUGGCGUUGAGUUAUCUCAGCUAGCUCAGCCGGCUGAUGAGAGAACCGACAACGCACAUACCACCAUGCAUACUGCUACUCCUAACAGAGUAUAA